CUUUUUUAUUUUUUAUUUUUGCGGAUAUCUUUUUGUUGCUCCUGUUUUUUUUAUUUAACCCUUUUAACAUUACUACGAGAUGUCUACUGAUAAUGUACCAGAUGAGUACAUUCAUUGUUUCGACGUAAUGGACGAGAUUCUUGAGCCCGAACCUAUAGGAAUUAAAACUCUUUAGAAUGAUUUAUACGAUACAGUUGAUUUGGAAUGGCAUUAUUGGGGACAGCCAGAAAUAAACAAGAUAACGGAAACCCGACGUUAAAAAAAAUACUUAUGGAUUCAAGUACCUAUGAAGGCUUUCGUCAAGAUAUUUUUAUAAAAGGUGAAAUAGCAUAUGUUUGCCCUAGAGAAAAAAAAAGUUACCAAAUCAAAAUUAUCAUCUGUUAAAGUGUCUGCUGCAAAGAUUCGGGAAUCAUAUACUCCUUAGAAAAUACAAGAGCUACUUGACUUUAUUAUUGAAAUACGGCUUUCUAACAAGAAAAGCUGGAAUGAUGGUGGGUAUUGUUGAGAAAGAAAAAAAAAAAAAAGCUCGGCAUUAUGUGAACCUCUAUAGUGAUGAUGAAGAGAAGUGUUUGCCUAGUUUGAGAAAACCUCAAACCAAGUGGUACAUGAAGUUUGAACCGCAAUAUACCGACUCUCUCUGUGAUCUUUACGAAAAUAAACUAGAAGCUGUUCUUUGAGAAGCAAGGAAUCCCUUACUUCAAGCAUACACUGAGAUUAAAUCGAUUUCUCUUUCUGGUCUUCACAAAUAUUUAAUCCAGCACACAUCAUUAACACACACACAAAAAUAUCAUGCUCAAAGAAUAAGUGACCAUUGUUAUAGAUCAAGUUCUGGAUAUGAGCACAAGUAACAUAAUAUAAGCUAAGUUAUAUAAUACAGGAUAAACUAUAAACCUGGUGUCAUGAAUUGACUUAUAAUGUCAUGUUUCUUGAUUAAACAAGAGGAUCAAAGAAUUUUAUGUCUCUUAAUCCAUUUCAUCAAAUAAUAUCAAAAAGUUCUAACACUUCAUUAUCUAUAACAUAUCUUAUUCAGUCGUAACUAAC